UUUAACCGACUCAUUUCAACUAGUCGUCUGCUGGGAACCAUCUGACUUUGACCAUGGAUAGGAUUGUGACGACAGGAUUUUUUGUUUUGUGUUUGGUUUUUUGUGUCAGCUCUAUGGGAAAUCAUGGAAUGCCAAAAACGUAUAAACCACCACCAGUUUAUAAACCAGCACCAGUUUAUAAACCAGCUGAACCACCCACUUAUGUACCAGUUGCUGAACCACCCCCUUACGUACCAGUUACUUCUCCAACGAAGUAUAGACCAGGCAAUAAAGGGAAAGAUGCAGAGGAAUGUGAUGUCCAAGCUGACAUAGUUGUCUUAUUUGACGACUCCUCUAGUAUACAAUAUGAUAGCAAAGAAAAUUAUCAGAUGAUGAAGAACUUCGUCAAAGAGCUCGUUGACAGUUUCACAUCUGUUGGUGUCAAUGGUAAAAACGGGUCACAAUUUGGGGUUGUGCAGUUUUCUCAAGGUGUUAAAACAGCAUUCCCCUUAAAUAAAUUUAAAACAAAGGAGGAUAUAAAGAAAGGAAUACAGGAUAUGGUACCGAGAAACGGGGGCCAAACAGAGAUUGGAACUGGCCUGAAGCACGUUCGAGAAAACAGCUUCAGUGGUGCAGAAGGCGGCGGUAAUCCAGAUAAACAAAAGAUAGUGAUACUGAUGACCGAUGGUAAAAGUAACGCCGGUGAUCCACCUCAGCACGAAGCGCAUAAAUUGAAAAAAGCUGGCGUCACAGUCAUCGCUAUUGGAAUUGGUAAAGGAUUUGUAAAAACCGAACUUGAACAGAUAGCUACGAUGAAAAAUUACGUCUUGACCACUAACUCCUUUUCUGAAUUAUCUACACUGCUCAAAUUGGUAAUCGAACUAGCGUGCGAAGUUUGUGUGGUCGACUGUGCCGGACAUGCUGACAUAGCGUUUGUUUUUGACGCUUCUUCUAGUAUCAACGCUAACAACCCAAACAAUUAUCAGUUGAUGAAAAAUUUCAUGAAAGACAUCGUUGAUAGGUUCAACAAAACUGGUCCCGACGGAACACAGUUUGCUGUAGUAACGUUUGCUGACAAGGCCACGAAGCAGUUUGGAUUAAAGGACUACUCAACCAAAGCUCAAAUCAAAGCAGCAAUUCAAAAAGUUAUGCCAUCUAUUAUAGGACAGACAGCAAUUGGGGAUGGAUUGGAGAAUGCUAGGUUAGAAAUCUUUCCGAAUCGGAAUGGUGGAGGACGUGAGGAAGUACAGAAGGUGGUAAUUCUGUUAACAGAUGGCAAAAACAAUGGUCAUAAAUCACCUGAACAUGAGUCUUCAUUACUUAGGAAGGAAGGCGUUGUCAUAGUUGCCAUAGGAGUUGGAACAGGAUUUCUUACAAGCGAAUUAAAUAACAUAGCCUCAUCCGAAGAAUACGUCUUUACAACAACCUCAUUCGACAAAUUAUCAAAAAUUAUGGAUGAUGUUGUUAAACUAGCCUGCAUGAGUUGUAAGCCACGUGCACACAAGAAAGGAUCAGGAGGUGGACAUGUACCCAGUCCUAAUGUGUACACACCAUCACCUCCAGUAUACACAGCACCACCCCCAGUUUACACACCAGCACCACAACCAGUAUACAACACACCAACACAGCAAGUAUACACACCAGCACCAUCACCAAUAUACAACACACCAUCACCGCCUCAAGUGUACACUGUAGGACCACCAGUUUAUACACCACCACCACCACCAGUGUAUACAGUAGCACCACCACCAUAUGUAGAACCGCCAACAUAUACAGUAAAACCAUCACCAUAUGUAGCACCGCCAGUGUACACCGCGGCUCCAGCAGACACUCCUGCACCAUCAGGAAGCAAAUGCUCACCAGGAUAUUGCAAGAACUAUGGAUAUUGUAUGGACAUGGGAAGUAAAGCACAAUGUCUGUGUUCUUCUGGAUAUACUGGUGAUAGAUGUGAGAACAAAGGUUCAAGUAGUUCAUCGGGCUCUGAAACAUAUGUGCCACCUAGUACACCAGAACCGUAUGUGCCUACACCAAAACCGUAUGUGCCUGCACCAGAACCGUAUGUGCCUGCACCAGAACCUUAUGUGCCUGCACCAGAACCUUAUGUGCCUGCACCAGAACCUUAUGUGCCUGCACCAGAACCUUAUGUGCCUGCACCAGAACCGUAUGUGCCACCUACUUCACCAAAUACAUACGUUCCAGAAACAACGGUUGUCCAUGGAAGACCGGGUAAACAUGGCAACCCAGGCACACCUGGCGGACCGGGAUCGGAUGGAAAUCCAGGAACACCAGGACAACCAGGAAACCCAGGACCUCCAGGCCAACCAGGACCAAAUGGUGAACCAGGGGACAGAGGGGCUGAUGGAAACCCAGGCUCUCAGGGACCAGCAGGAGAGAGAGGUCAAGAUGGAAAAAACGGUAUACCAGGUAAACCAGGAUCAGAUGGCUACCCCGGUCGACCCGGUGGUAAGGGACCAAAUGGAAUGAGAGGAGCUAAAGGGGAACCAGGAGAUCCUGGUCAACCUGGACGUGAUGGCACACCAGGAACAGAUGGGAAAAAUGGACUUGAUGGAAAAGAUGGUACAAUACAUGUUGUGCUUGAUAAAGGAAAAUACACAAUAGGACCAAUAGAGAAAGAAAAAAUAAAGAAGGAAAUUAAGUCAGCCUGGUCAGCAUGGAAGGGAGGACAAACAUCGAAAGGCCCUGCCGUACGUCAAAAAAUUGCUAAAAAAGCAGCAUCUUCUUGGUCUGCAUGGAAUGCAGGAUCUCAACUCCCGAAUGGUUGGUCAGCAUGGGGACAGGCAGCUCAGGGAUCGGUAGCCAAACAAGGAAAUGUCAACAAUGGAAUGCAGUCAGGUUGGUCAGCAUGGUCAGCAGGUGCUCAGCUUCCAAAAGCUAAUAAGAACAAAAUGCAAUCAUCUUGGUCAGCAUGGACAGCAGGUAAUAACGCAAAUUUGAACAAAGGAAUUCCGUCAGGCUGGUCAGCAUGGUCUGCAGGCGCUCAACUUCCAAUAGCGACAAACGUUAAAAAAAGCGUUGCUCCUCAAACAAGCGUUAAGAAAACAGUGAAUUCCUGGGGAGGAUGGAACCCGACUUCCAACUGGAAUAAUUGGGGUCAGUCUUCAGAUUCUUGGGGAGAUUGGAAGAAAUAAAAUGACGAUGGAAAAUAUCAAUCAUUGUUGUUCUACGUUUAAUGGUCAUUAGCUCUUAUACUGUAUUUGAAUAUUCACCUUACAUUAAAAUAUUUCCAUGCACUCAA